AUGGCCAAAAAAAAUAGAAGUAAUGGGAAAUCAAGUUUCUCCAAAGGGAAAAACUCUAAUGUUCGUUCCAAGACAACAGUGAAAGAAAAUUUUAAAGAUGCAAUUCUUGAUGCAUCCAAAUUUCUUAAUAGUAGAUCCUCCAACGUUGAUAAUGAUGGAGAGGGCGAUGAAGUUCCUUUUGAUGAUGAAGAAUUGGAUUCUGAUAACGCAUUGGGAAGUGAUGAUGAUUUAGAUGACUAUAUGUCUAAGACUAAGGGUGAUGUCUCUGAAAGACUAAACGAAUUUGGUGAAGAUGAAGAUGGCUGGGAAUCUGUAGAUGAGGGUGAGCUAAUGACGCUCUCUGAAAUUUGGGACAGAGAUGAUUCUGAGCUUAAAGUACAGAAGAGUAAUUCUCAGAGCAAGCAGCAUGAUAAGCUUGUUUUCAACGAGGAUGAUGACGACUCCUCUGCUACAGAGGGAGAGGGAAGUCAUAGCGAAGACUCAGACUCUGAAUCCAACUCUGAAUCUGAAUCUGAUUCCGAAGAUGAUCCAUUUGAUGAAAUGAACAUUUCCGAAGGUGAAGAAGUGCAGCUUGAUUCAGUGAUGAAGAGUUUAAAAUCGAAAAUUAAGAAGGAUCCAUCCGAGAAAGCCAAAAAAGUGUUGAUCAAUGAUAAACUAAAUGAAAAUGAGUUUUCCCUACCUAAUUUGGGUGAUUCUCUUUCUUUGGACGAUAUGCUGGGAAACCUAGACGAUGAAGAACAGGAUAAUGAGAAUGAAGAGUUAAUCCGUGAUAUUGCGAAGCAUAAUAAACAAUUAAAAGAACUAGACAAUGUUGAGUUAGAUGAAGAUGAACAAAAUAAGCUUCACAAUGAUGAGAAUUCGGCAUUUGCUAUUCCGUUGCCUGUUAAUAUCCAAAAACGUCAUGAGCGACGUGCUGCUUAUGAAAUUCAAAAGGAACAAGUCAAUCGGUGGAGAGAUAUAAUUGCACAGAAUAGAGAUAAAGAGGUGUUAUCAUUUGUCCCUGAAAAACCCCAAUUAGAUAAAAAUUCAGCCUUCAAAACCGAUAAUGAUAUUGCUGUUAAUGACUUUGAAUCCAAAUUAGAUAGCAUUAUAGACCAAUCGAAUUUAGAGUCAAAGAAAACUGAAGAUUUAUUUGAAAAUAUAGAAACAGCAAAACUAUCGAAGGCUGAAAUGCUGAAACGUACCAACGAAUUGAGGCUAAUGAGAGAAUUGAUGUACAGAGGUAUGAAAGAUUCCAAAAGAUUGAAGAAAAUUAAAUCCAAGGCUUACAGGAGACAACUAAGAAAGGAAAAGAUGAAGGAGAAGAUGUUGAUUUCACAAGUUAAUCGCCAAGAAGAUGGCAGCGACCUUGAAGAGGAUAAGGAGGACUCGAACUAUCAUCGUGCAAAGGAAAGAAUGACUUUGAAACAUAAAAAUACCUCUCAAUGGGCCAAGCAAAUGAUUAAGUCUGGUAUGUCGAAGGAUAAAUCAACCAGGGAUGAAAUUGAAGAAAUGAUGAGACAAAGUGAGAAGCUAAAGCAAAAACAGUUGGGUAAAAAGGAUGGCGAAAGUAGUGAUGAUGAAAGAGAUUUGUCCGACCUCGAGAAUGACGUUGAUAAUGUCGAAAAUUUGGAUAAUGAAAAAUUGUCAAAGAUUGGAAAAGGUGUCCUAGCAAUGGAUUUUAUGAAGAAUGCCGAAGAAAGAGAACGAUUAGUCAAACUGAAGGAGAUUGAUAAUUUGAAAAGAUUAAGGGAUGCCGAAGACUACGAAGAUAUUCAAAAUGGAGAAGUAGAUGGUGUUAAUGUUUCCAUGAAUACUGGUAGAAGAAUGUAUACACCUGCGGCUUUGGUUGCAUCUGCCGAAAACCGUAAAUUGAAUGAAGAGUUAAUGAAAGAACUGGAUGAAGAGGAUAGUAGGUUGUUGCAAAAUAGAUUAAAGAAGGACAAAGAAGAGAGAUACAAACCCACAGUUAUUGAAGAAAGAGGCACCAGAGACAAUGAAGGAACUGGUAUAAGAUCAGAAAGUGUGGAAGAUGAUUCUAAUCCAUGGUUAGCAGAAGGAGAUUCUGAAAAUAGUGCUGAUGAGGAGGAUAGAGGCAGAGUUUCUAGCAAAAUCAAAGUUGUUGAUGCUUCAUCCUCAAGAUUAGACAAGUCGGAAGCUAAGAUUUCGAAAAAACUUUUGAAGAAGAAUACUGGCAAGAAAAAAGAAAGUACUGAUGGUUUAGUUUCUAUUGAAAACAAAGAGACAUUGUUUAUAGUAGACCCGAAGAAGAAAGCUGUUAAACAAGAUCAGAAAAGGGCAAGUCUAGAUGAAAAACCUAUUCGCUCCGAUGAUGAGUAUGAAAGUGACGGUGAUGAUGUUGAUGACAAUCGUAUGUUUAAACAGUCCGAUCUAAUCAAGGAGGCAUUUGCAGGAGAUGACGUUUUAAUAGAAGAAUUUGAGCAAGAAAAACGGGAAGUCGAGGAAGAGGAAGGGGAUAAACAAGUAGAAUUAACAACUCCCGGUUGGGGCUCCUGGGCAGGUCAAGGUGAUGAAGAUGAUGGUUGGGGUGUUCCAAAGACAAAGAAACGGAAAAUCGUUAAGACUAUUCAAGGCGUCGUUACCAAAGAUAAGCGGCUUGAUAAAGGUAAAAAGAAUGUUAUAAUUAACGAAAGAAUCAUCAAGAAAACAACUAAAUACCAAGCUGAUAAGGUCCCAUAUCCUUUUAAGACAUGGGAAGAGUACGAGCGUUCUCUUAGAACUCCGAUGGGUAAAGAAUGGAGCACAACAAAGACCCACCAAAAGUUGAUUACUCCAAGCGUCAUCACCAAAUUUGGUUCUGUUAUUGACCCACUUAAAGCUCCUUUCCACGAAUGA